AUGACAACUUCAAAUUCAACCACGCAAGCAUCUUGCCUUUGUGGCGCCAUCAAGUUCCAAUACACCGGACCACCACUCGGUGUAGCCACAGAGCUAUGUCACUGCGUCUCGUGCCAAAAGUGGACUGGCAGCGCCUUUACAUCCAACGUGACCAUUGAAAAGCCCUUGCUUCAUAUCAUUCAGGGCGAGCCAUCCCGGUACACCACGACGGGGCUCUCGGGGAACAAGAUCCACUUUGUAUUUUGCGGCGACUGCGGAAGCGGAUUGUGGAAUGAGCCCGAGGCGACGCCGCAAUGGAUCUGUAUCAAGGCCGGCACGAUUGACGAUGCCUGGGUCCGGAGUCUGGGUACGGUACCGCUCCCCGGCCCACAACCUGAAGACGGAGCCAAGUCUGCAAAGCAUGUCGACGUCGAGUUCUUUAUCAAAGAUCGCGUGGGUUAUCAAGCGGCAUGUCCCGGGGCAAAGCAGGAAGAAAAGAUGUGA